AUGGCGACACAGACAACAGUGGGCCUUGUAGAGACCCUGCCUGUCCGGCUCAGAAACUUUUUCGCUCGCUACCCACCACAAUACUACUCAUCGCAAGCUAUACCGAAGUCCCUACCCAAGCAAGAGUCUCAAUCAUCGUCAACCGAGGACUCUGAAUCCUCAGCCGUCAUAAAGCCUGCUCCAAGUCCUUUCGCCUCACGAAGCACGAAGGUCAAGCUCUCGAAGACCAAAGUCGCCGGCUCCCUUUCAUACACCGACUCGUUACUCCGCUCGAACCCCAACGAGCUAUACCCUAACCCCUUCCUUCCAUAUAAAAACCCAGAAACCGGCCGAUGGCGAGGGGCUGUUGUAUCACUGCGUCGACAGGCUGAACUGGUUAAAUUGGGCAUUAAAUAUGGCGUAGAGGAGCUAUUGCCUCCGGGCCGCAAAUCGACAGAAUAUAAACAGGCACGACUCAUUGAGAAGGGUUUGAGAAUCAAGGGUACUGGUGUUGGACAGAAGGUCAAGGGUCACAAGUGGGAGAGAUUGAUGAAAGGAAAGUUGGAAGAGAGGAAGAAGGCUAUGUUAGGAAUGCCGUCAAUGAUCAGAUUGUGGAAACAGAGGAACGAAUUGUAA